CCCAGAGAGAAAAUCUGCCUUGUCCUACCUACAGCCAGUGAAAGACUGAGGCAGGACUGGAAUCCUGCCAUGGUGGCUUUGUCAAUGGUCCUUGGGUUCCUGUUGGCCUUGAGCAAAGGUGAGAGGGAACAGGAUACCAAGAUCCCGUCUCCAGGGAAGGCCACAGAACACGGGGAUCCUGCCCUGUCUCUGCCAGGGUCUUGCCAGCCAGCCCCCUCCUGCCAGCAGUGCAUCCUCUCACACCCCAGCUGCGCGUGGUGCAAGCAACUGAACUUCACAGCAUCGGGAGAGGCGGAGGCAAGGCGCUGCGCCAGGCGAGAGGACCUGCUGGCUUGGGGCUGUCCCCUAGAGGAGCUGGAGGAGCCCCGCGGCCGGCAGGAGGUGCUGCAGGACCACCCCUUCAGCCAGGGCGCCCGCGGCGAAGGCACGGUCCAGCUGGCGCCGCAGCGGGUCCGAGUCACACUAAGGCAUGGGGAGCCCCAGCGGCUCAGGGUCAGCUUCCACCGUGCCGAGGGCUACCCAGUGGACCUAUACUACCUUAUGGACCUGAGCUAUUCCAUGAAGGACGACUUGGAGCACGUGCGCAAGCUCGGGCAUGACCUGCUGCUCCGGCUGCAGGAGGUCACCCAUUCGGUGCGCAUAGGCUUCGGCUCAUUUGUGGACAAAACAGUGCUGCCCUUCGUGAGCACAGUGCCUUCCAAGCUGCGCCACCCCUGCCCCACCCGGCUUGAGCCCUGCCAGCCACCCUUCAGCUUUCACCACGUGCUGUCUUUGACAACUGAGGCAAAGGUCUUCGAGCGGGAGGUGGGGCUCCAGAAUGUGUCUGGCAACCUGGACUUGCCUGAAGGUGGCUUUGAUGCCAUUCUGCAGGCUGCAGUCUGCCAGGAGCAGAUUGGCUGGAGAAAUGUGUCCCGGCUGCUGGUGUUCACCUCAGAUGACACAUUCCACACAGCUGGGGAUGGGAAGUUGGGUGGCAUUUUCAGACCCAGUGAUGGACGCUGCCACUUGGAUAGCAAUGGCCUCUAUAGCCGCAGCACAGAGUUUGACUACCCCUCUGUGGGUCAGGUAGCCCAGGCCCUCUCUGCAGCAAAUAUCCAGCCCAUCUUUGCCGUCACCAGUGCCACGCUGCCUGUCUAUCAGGAGCUGAGUAAAUUGAUUCCUAAGUCCACAGUAGGGGAGCUGAGUGAGAACUCCAGCAAUGUUCUACAGCUUAUCAUGGAUGCUUAUAAUAGCCUGUCAUCCACUGUGACCCUUAAACACGUUUCACCCCUUCCUGGGGUCCACAUCUCUUAUGAAUCCCAGUGUGGAGGACCUGAGGAGAGAGAUGGUAAAGCUGGUGACUGGGGCCAGUGCAAUCAUGUCCGAAUCAACCAGACGGUGAAUUUUUGGGUUACUCUCAAUGCCACCAACUGCCUCACAGAGACCCAGCUUCUGAGGUUUCGGGCCCUUGGCUUUUCAGAGGAGCUAACCGUGGAGUUACGCACACUGUGUGAUUGUAAUUGCAGUGACAACCAGCGUCGGGCUCCCCACUGCAGUAAUGGCCAUGGGCACCUGCAAUGUGGGGUGUGCAGUUGUCACCCUGGGCGUCGGGGUCGGCUCUGUGAGUGCUCUGAGGAUGAGCUGUCCUCCCCGGAUCUGGAGUCUGGGUGUCGGCCCUCCAAUGGGACAGGUCCUUUAUGCAGUGGGAAGGGACAUUGUCAGUGUGGACACUGUAGCUGCAGUGGACAAAGCUCUGGGCGUCUAUGCGAGUGUGAUGAUGCCAGCUGUGAGCGACACAAAGGCAUUCUCUGUGGAGGUUUUGGCCGCUGCCAAUGUGGAGUGUGUCACUGUCAUGCCAACCGCACAGGCAGAGCCUGUGAGUGCAGUGGGGCUGUGGAUAGCUGUGUUAGUCCUGAAGGAGACCUCUGCAGUGGUCAUGGACACUGCAAAUGCAACCGCUGCCAGUGCCUGGAUGGCUACUAUGGUGCUUUAUGUGAUCAGUGCCCAGGCUGCAAGACACUAUGUGAGAGACACAGGGAUUGUGCAGAGUGUGGGGCCUUUGGAACUGGUCCCCUGGCCACCAAUUGCAACCAAACUUGUGCCCAUGCCAACGUGACUCUGGCUUUGGCCCCCAUCCUGGAUGACGACUGGUGCAAAGAGAGGACCCAGGACAACCAGCUAUUCUUUUUCCUGGUCGAAGAGGCAGCCGGAGGCAGGGUCAUGCUGAGAGUGAGACCCCAAGAAAAGGGAGCAGACCAUACCCAGGCCAUUGUGCUGGGAUGCGUAGGGGGCAUUGUGGCAGUGGGACUAGGGCUGGUCCUAGCUUACCGGAUCUCAGUGGAAAUUUAUGACCGCCGGGAGUACAGUCGCUUUGAGAAGGAGCAGCAGCAACUUAGCUGGAAGCAGGACAACAAUCCUCUCUACAAAAGUGCCAUUACGACCACCAUCAAUCCUCGCUUUCAAGGAGCAGAGAAUCCUCUCUCUGAAUAG